AUGCACCCAGGUCGGCUGAGGCUGAGGCCAUGGCUGGAGGAACAGAUUGAGUCUGGCAACUAUCCGGGAGUCAGCUGGCUGGACCAGGCAGCACAAAUCUUCCAGAUCCCAUGGAAACAUGCUGCUCGUCAUAUAUGGAGCAUUGACCAAGAUGCUACACUCUUCAGGAGUUGGGCCAUGCACACAGCUAUGUCCUCGAAUUCCCUAGCCGUGACUAUCGUCAUCAGCCUCUGUAUUGCUGCUAUCAUCAUCAGCGCUGCUUUGUAUGGCUGUUGUAUAAAGCUCAAAACUAAGUGGUUGGAAACAGCCGCCAAAUGUCCAAAUCCCAAACUACUGCCGAUGCGUUCAAGUGAGCAAGAGGUCUUGAAGCCUGCCCCGCUAGUCAUCUCUUCUGUCUGGGUAGACUCCGUCGAUACAGAGGACAGCAAAUGGUUGGAGUGGUCACUGAAAGACCCAAGCUGUGGGAGCCCUCUGCAAAGCAGCGGAAUCAAUACUGGCUCUUCUUGUCUUAGUUAUGCUAAUACAGAACCCGCUGACAUUAUAGCCAGAGUUCAGGAUGCUCUUGGUUUAGCCUUCCCUGAAAUACGCCCUAUGUCGCCUUUGAUUACCAAUGCGCUCACAGAAACAAACAAAGACAGUGGUUUGCCCUCCACUCCCUACAAACCCUGUGAUGUCAGAGCUGAAGAUACAAGUGUUGGAUCAUAUAGCUUUGACAAUGAAACCUAUUCCUGCCUACUUCCCAACUUUGCACAUCAGAUUGUGAUGGACUGCUCUGAUGUCAAGGCUGAAAUUCCUUGUGACUCUGAAUACCUUCAUAAUACGAGCACCAUGGUACCCUGUGUUGACAAACAGGCACUGGCUUGUCCACUUUUUCAUUUACCACCACAGGAUCCAUCUCUUAUGCCAAUUGACAUGUCAUACCAGCAGAACAAUGCAGAUUCCUGGGGUGUUUCGCAUGCGGAAGACUCCAGUUUGUCCUCAGUGUCUAGUGGAACCAACACAAUAGCGUCAUGGGAUCAUAUGUCCGGAGUUAAGUCUGACAGUGAGGGCUUUGACGAAGCCAUCCAUGAUGCAACAAAAGGGCCGAUUAUAUGUGAUGAAAACCCCUCCUACGGCGCUGUACCUGCAGGCUUGCAGAGCCUACCACCAGUAUACGACGACUACCAGCCAUUUCAGAGUCUGGUGGAGCAGCCUUGUUAUUCGUUUACAGAGGAGAAAAGAGGCGAGGAAGAGGACCAUUUAAACAAAUAUCCAGAGGAGACAUUCCCCAAGAUGCCUCAGAGCUUCUUAGGACCUGUUGCUUCAGGAGUUAUUAACAAUGUCCAGUGUCCCCCCAACCUCCAAAGACAGUUACUCGCCGUGAUCCCUGCUGACCAGUCAAUGCCAAUCAUCACAGACAGUGACUAUCACAGUGUUUAGCACUUUGUUUUUAUGCAUUCAUGUUUUGUGUUACAUUUCUCCUUGUUUAAAUGAUAUUGAGACAUUGUUGAGAAAGCACAAAAAAGAGGGAGGAUGUUACAGACUUUCAUCAGGGUAUUAGACCUUAAGAUUACUAAAGUUUAAGUUUUUACUAUUACUAUUUUAAAGGCUGUUCAGGAUACGCUUCUUUUGGGACAAGCUGCAUUCUAAAACAGAAAAAGCAAAAAACCGUUGCACCUUCAGAGCAUUUGAUAUGAUUAAUUUGUAUGGUUGCAACUGUAUGGUAUUGAUUUAGUUAAAUAUGCAAGUUUGUCUAUAAGAAAUGUACAUGUAAAGUCUCUUAUCCAAAAGCUAAAUGCACUUGUUUUGAGUUUUAAAGAGAAGCUUGUUAAAAACAAAACCACCUCACUUAUCCGUAUCUCACAUCUUUUGUUUCUCACUCGGUUCAUAGGAAAUGUUGUAAAGCUUACUUAACCACCAAGUUUGUAUCGAAAGUAAGACUUGUGAAAAUUGAGUUAACAAAUGAGUAUUUACUGCAGAUUACUUCAUUCUGUCUGAGCUUGACUUGACCAGAGCUGUCAUCAUAAGAAUAUAGUAUAUGUACCCAAUUGAGCUAAAACCAAGCCUUUUAAGGACAAUUAAAUUAACCCUGUGUUUGAAACAAGUCAUCCAUCAUAAUGAGCAGGUGUUGACACUGACGCUGUGUACAAGAAGGGGAUGAGCCGACUCUAUUUCCUGAGGAAGCUGAAAUCCUUCAAUGUGUGCAGCAAGUUGUAGGAGAUCUUUUACCAGUCUGUUGUUGCUAGUGCACUCUUCUUUGCUGCCGUCUGCUAUGGGGGCAGCAUCAGAGCCGGUGACACCAGCAGACUGUAAAAACUAAUUAAGAAAGCUGGCUCUGUCAUCGUCAUCAAACUGGACAACUUUGAGACUGUGGUGGAGAGGAGGACUCUGAAAAACUGUUGUCCAUCAUGGAUAACCCCACCCACCCUUUCCACCUGGAGCUGGAAGGACAGCGGAGCUCCUUCUCCAACAGACUGCUCCAGCUCCGCUGUCACAAGGACAGAUACAGGAGAACCUUCCUUCCCACUGCACUUUACAAUAAUUCCCCCCUGGCUGGCAGACAACUCACUGAUCCAUAGCCUCUCUUGUGAACUGGACAUAACAUGCACACCUUGAAACUUAACAUUGUACAUUUACAUUAUAUUUACU